AUGGAGACUAUCACCGAUCCCAGCUGCAUCGACCGCCGCUUCGCCAAAACCACCAACCUCGCGUCCGCCGCCCUCAACGCCUCGAUCCUCGCCUGCAGCAACGAGUUCUUCGCCGCCGCCGCCAACCUGCUCACGCCCGCCGCCCCCGUCCACCGCCCCGGCCUCUUCGUGCACUCGGGGCGCCUGCCCUUUGACUGGGCCAUCGUCAAGCUCGGCGUGCGCAGCGCCGUCAUCGAGGGCGUCGAGAUUGACACCCGCGCACUUUGUCCGCCAACUACGGGCGACAAACGCCUCUGCCUGCUCCAUGUGCGUCUGCGGAUGUAUCCCGACGGCGGCAUCGCGCGCCUCCGCCUCUACGGCCACGCCCUCCCGCCCUCCCUCCCUGUCACCAUAACAUCCACACCCCUCGAGGAGCUCUCCUCCGCCCUCUACGGCGCCCUCGUCACCGCCGCCAGCAACCAGCACUUCACCCCCGCCGCGAACCUACUCCUGCCCGGCCGCGGCAUCAACAUGGGCGACGGCUGGGAGACCGCCCGCUCCCGCCGCCCCGGACACGUCGACUGGGCCGUCGUCAGGCUCGCUCUGCCCGGCUCCGUCGAGCGCAUCGUCGUCGAUACAAAGGACUUUCGCGGCAACUUCCCGCAGGCCGUGCGCGUCCAUGGCAUCGCGUGCUCUGGCCCGGAGGAUCCCGCCCAUGACCACCCGGACUGGGUCGAAGUGGUCAGCGGAGACCGGCCGUGCAGGGCGGAUGCCGAGCAUGUCUUUGACGGCGACGACCUGGCCCCCGCGACCAGGUCCGUAACCGGCUUCACGCAUCUGAAACUGACCAUGGUCCCGGAUGGAGGCAUCAAGCGAUUUCGGGCUUUUGGCCGGAGAAAGAAGAACAAAUGCAAGUCACGCCGAAUUAACCAAGUAAUAAUGGCAUCAUGGUUCUUCGCGGCGACCAGCAAUGACAAAACAAGGCGCUGCAAUAACAUUUCAGACCAUCCAAGGCCGUAA